AUGCUCAGGAACAGAGUCAUCGUCACUGACAACGCUCCGUCCACGGCACCCAUCCGCCUGCCUACGAAGCAACUCUCCUCCGCGGCUAAAGAUAACAUCCCGCCCAGCAAGUCCGUCCUCCUAACCAUCUCCCAGAUCCCCGAGUGGUACAGCGAAAACCCGUACAUCCACACCGGCUACCGGCCUGUUUUCGCCGCAAUAGCUCCCUGCAUCGGGAGUUGGUGCUACCUCCACAACCAGAGCUUCAACAUCUACACCCAUCUCAUACCGGGGAUAUUUGCGCUUGUCGUAAACGCCGGGCUCUGCCAAUACUUCUCCGUGUGGUAUCCCGAGGCCACCGCGCUGGACAGACUCGUGUUCCAUGUAUAUCUGACUGCUGUGUCUGUUUGUUUCGGGGUAUCAGCGGCGUAUCAUACGCUUCUGUGUCAUUCGAGAGAGUUUGCGGACCUGUGGGUGCGAUUGGACUAUGUUAGUAUCUCGGUGCUGAUACUGGGCUCGUUUGUGCCCGGGCUGUAUAUGGGGUUUUAUUGUGAAAUGGGUUUGCUAGGUGCCUACCUCGGAAUGAUCUUUUCCAUGGGCUUGUUAAACGUAUAUCUAUCCAUAAACGACCGGUACGGGGCCAAAAACUGGCUUACAUCUCGACUCUUGCCAUUUCUGGGGAUGGGGUUCUCGGCAUUCAUACCGAUUGUCCAUGCGGCCGUCAUCUUCCCGUAUGACCAGCUGCAGAAGCAAUCUGGCUUGCAUUACUAUCUCUUGGAGGGCGUUUUUAUGCUGGUUGGAGUGCUUUUUCUUGCGACCAAGUUUCCGGAGUGCUGGCUUCCAGGCACGUUUGAUUAUAUCGGCGCAUCGCAUCAAAUAUUUCAUUGCUUUGUCGUCAUGGAAGGGCUGGGUGCCAAGAUGCGUGGGUAUAGAGAUGGAGGUUUGCAUUGA